AUUUUAUUUAAAAUAGGGAAAAAGUGUUCUUUUAAUAACAACAACAAGAAAAUGUGUUUAAAAUAUUAAAGCUCUGGGUCUAGGGGACCUAGCAGGAGUAGAAGAUGGAUGGAUGCAAAAAAUGACUACUUUUCCCACAACUCAUAGCGGGUUUAAGGUGGGAUUUUAAAUAACUACGUCUCCCACAAUUCCUUGCGCUACCAAUAUGGCGCCAUCGUAAAUAUUUUGACAUUCGCUAACCUUUCAAGGUAUUAAAGUCAGAAAAAAAAAUGGGAAAGUUGGUCGACAGAAAUUACGUCAGUUGAGAAAAUGAAAUUAUUCUUAACAUUAUUGAAACAAAGCCGUAAACCAGCGGUUUAUAUCGAGGUUUACCAGCGUCGUCUGAGUGGCCGCUCAAGCACGAGCCUCUUAGCGGCGCGAGACGAGCUAAUAGUUGGGUCAAGUCAGGAGCUGGUGCGAGCUCUGGGCGCUCAGGUGGACGUGAGGCCGUCCUUCAUCACUGAGGAGGAAGAGGCUGCCCUGCUGCGAGAGCUGGAACCGGGACUGAAGAAAAAACGCUACGAAUUUGACCACUGGGACGAUGCAAUUCACGGCUAUAGAGAGACUGAGCGUUCGUCGUGGGGUCCGGCCUGUGAGGACAUCCUGAAUCGGGUCCGAUCAGCUGCUUUUGCUGAUGGUCGUCCUCUCCUCGGCCCCGUCCACGUCCUAGAUUUGGACAAAGCUGGCUACAUCAAGCCCCACAUUGACAGUGUUAAGUUUUGUGGCAGCACCAUUGCUGGGUUGAGUCUUUUGUCAGACAGUAUUAUGCGUCUGGUUAAGGAGGACGACCCCAACCAACAGCUGGACUUGCUGCUGACCCGGCGUUCCCUCUACAUACUCAGGGACCAGGCCAGGUACAACUUCACUCACGAGAUCCUAAAAAAUGAGGAAUCCGUGUUCAGUGGACAAAAAGUUCCCCGGCAUCGGCGGAUCUCCGUCAUCUGUCGAAACCUUCCGAGCUGACGUCCCGGAUCGGACGCGUGGACGGUCCGAUCCGGGACCAGUGGCGGAUCAGCUCGGACAUCCAGCAGACUGUACUUUAAUGUCUUUGUUGUAAAUGAUUAAACUGAUUGUUAUACCCAACAA